AUGGCUCCAAGGAGAUCAACUAGGUCCAACAAGAUUGAAAAAGCAGGUUCAAGUGAAGAUAAACCAAUUCUCACACCUGCCAAUGUUAUUACAAUUUUGAAAGAAUAUCAAACUAAAAUCCAAGAUGAAAUUAAGUUCAUCAAAUCAACAGGUGAUGGUCGUACUAAAUAUCUUCACUAUUACUUGGAGACUUUGAAUAGUUCGGAGAUUGAUUUUUCAAUCAUGGAAGCCUUGGAACAAAGUUUAAUUCCUGAUUCUUCUUCUGCUACCAACAAUAACUCUACUUCUUCUAGUAGCACCAGUAAUGAUGAUGAUAAUAACAUAACAAUGGUGGAAGCAACAAGCAGUGUUGAUGAACAACCAGCAACAGCAGUUGUGGAUAAAGUAAUUGUGGAACAACAAGUUGAGCAAACAAAGGCUAAAUCACCAACUCCAUCUAUUGAACAAGUUAAUGAUGAUUCUAUUAUGAAGGAUGACCAAGUGGUUGAACCAACAUCAUCACACGUUGUUGAAACCACUCCAAUAGUAGUAAAACAUUCACCUAUUCAUAAAGAUGAUUCUACAACAAGUGAGCAACAACAAGUAGAUUCUACCACUCUGAUUUUACCACCAUCACAAUCAACACCAACUAUUGAACAAGUUAUUACAACAUCAACACCACCUCCUUUAUCACCACCUCCAACAACAACAAUACCAAUAGUAACAUCAGACAAAGUUAACAAAGAAAUCUUACCUCCUACAGUUCAAGAAGAUAUAACAUUACCACCACCAAUCACUACUACCAACAAUGCUACUACUCCUCCUACCACCACUAGUAUUAUACCACCAACAAUAGAACCAUCAACAAGAGAAGUGACUGAGGAAGAGGAAACAAUUGAAAGUGAUGAAGAAGAGGAUGAAGAUUAUCAACCUUCUAAAAAGAAGGCUAAAUAUACAACAUCAUCAUCUAGUACUACUACUUCUUCUUCAAAUGAUGAUGAAAUUAUAAUUGAUAAAGAAAGAUUAGCAGAGGAUGAAUUACUUUCAAAAGAAAAGGAAAUUUUGAAACAAGUUAAAGAAAUGCAAAAGAGAGGAGAAUGGCUUCCACAAACACAACAAAAAAUUGGAAAAGAACCAAAAAUUAACACAACACAUUGGGAUUAUCUAUUAAUGGAAAUGCAAUUUAUUCAAAGUGAAAAUGCAAAAGAAAAGAAAUGGAAAAUGUCAACAGCUAAAAAGAAUGCCAAAAAUGUUGCUAAAUAUCAUGAACAAUUAAUUCAACUUGAAGUGAAAAAGAAAAAAGAAGCAGAAGCUCAUUUAAGAAAACAAGCUUCAAAAAUUGCUAAAAUUGUCAAGACUGAAUUUUGGGAUAAGAUUAGAAAACUUGUUACUUUUAAAAAUCAAUCAAUUAUUGAUGAAACAAAACAACAAUUAUUAGCUGAAAAGAGAGAUUUACUUGUUCAACAAACUGAAAAAUUUACACAACUCAUUUCACAAGAUUUAAUUUUACAACCAACACCUUUACAAAAUUCAAGUAAUAGUACUGAAUCAACAGCGACCACUACUAUCAAUGAUAAUACUAGUAAUAAUAAUAAUACAGAUAGUAGUAGUAACAAUGAUAAUAUGGAUACAACUUCAGAUGAUAAAAAUACAGCAACACCAUCAGUUGAAUCAUUAAUUUUAAAUAAUUCUUCAGAAACUAAUGAAGCAGAAGAAGAAGAUUUUGAUUCAGAAGAAGAAUCAGAUUUAUCUGACGAUCAUAUCAUUGAUUCUGAUGAUGAAGAUGAGGAUUAUGAAGAUGAAAUUGCAAUGUUACAAAAAGAUAUGGAAAUGGAUACUGAACAACUUCUUUUACAACAUUACAAUAAACCUCCACAAGAUGAGGAGGAAUUGUCAUCACCACCACAACAAGAACAACAAUCAGAUGCCAUUUCUACUACCACCACCAAUACAACUACUUCCAAUGAUCAUCAUACUAUGAGUGAUGAAACUCUUACAAAUAUAGCAACUACAUCUGAUAAUACUAAUAGUAAUAAUAAUACUAGUGAUAAUAAUAAUCAAAAUGAUAAUGCUAAAUUUAUUCAAGUAGCAGAGGAUGCUAAACAAUAUCAACCAACAGGAUGUACACUUCAAAGUACCAAAGUUAAAACACCAAUUCCAUAUCUAUUAGAUAAAGAUUUAGUAUUGAGAGAAUACCAACAAAUUGGACUUGAUUGGUUAGUAACAAUGCAUGAUAAGGGAUUGAAUGGAAUUUUAGCAGAUGAAAUGGGAUUAGGUAAAACUAUCAUGACCAUUGCACUUAUUGCACAUUUAGCAUCUAAAGAAGAAAUAUGGGGACCACAUUUAGUUGUUGUACCUUCAAGUGUUUUAUUGAAUUGGGAAAUUGAAUUUAAAAGAUGGUGUCCCUCAUUGAAAAUACUUUCCUAUCACGGAACACAAAAACAGAGAAAGGAUAAGAGAGUUGGAUGGAGUAAACCAAAUGCAUUUCAUGUUUGCAUUACUUCAUACAAUUUAGUAAUACAAGAUGCUCUAUCAUUUAAGAGAAAGAAAUGGCACUAUUUAAUUCUAGAUGAAGCUCAUCAUAUUAGAAAUUUUAAAGGUCAAGCAUGGCAAACAUUGUUAAAUUUUAAUACUGAAAAGAGAUUAUUAUUAACAGGUACACCAUUACAAAAUAAUGUUAUGGAAUUGUGGUCAUUGAUGCAUUUUUUAAUGCCACAAGUAUUUCAAUCUCAUUCAGAAUUUAAAGAUUGGUUUUCAAAUUCAAUUCAAGGAAUGGUUGAAGGUAAACAAGAAUUGAAUAGAGAAUUAAUUUCACGUUUACAUACAAUUUUAAGACCAUUCAUUUUGAGAAGAUUAAAGAAGGAAGUUUCAGAACAAUUACCUUCAAAACAAGAACAUGUUAUCAAAGUUAGACUUUCACAAAGACAACGAAAUUUAUAUGAAGAUUUUAUAUCAAGAUCUGAUACGAGAGAAACUUUAGCUUCAGGAAAUGUUUUUAAAAUGAUUAAUGUUGUAAUGCAAUUAAGAAAAGUUUGUAAUCAUCCAGAUUUAUUUGAACCACGUCCAAUUAUUUCUCCACUUUCAUUACAACCUUUAGAAUUAUUAUCAAUUCCAUUAGAUUUUAUUAAUAUCGAUAAUAUUUAUUAUGGUUCUAAUGAAUAUAUGAAUGAUAAUUCAAAUAGAUUGAAAUCUUUACAAUUUACUUUGAAAAAUUAUUUCAAUUUCAUUUUUACACAAUAUGAAAUGGAAAUGAAUCAUUAUCAUUAUUAUCAAGUUAAACAGUUAAAAAUUCAACCUUAUCAAUCAUUUAUUAAUAAUAAUCAUAGUAAUAGUAAUCAUAUCAAUAGUAAUAAUAGUAAUACUAAUAAUAAUAAUAAUCAUAACAAUAAUAAUACUACCAAUAAUAAUAAUACUAACAAAUCAUUAUUAUUAUUAGAAAAUUUAACAAUUGAAGAAGAGGAAUAUUUAUAUAAAAUGUAUCCUGAUUUAAAUAUUGAUAAACAUUUAGAUAAUCCAUAUUUUAAGAAACGUUCAUUAGAAAUGGCACUUGAAAGAUAUAAUGAAAAAUCUAAUAGAUUAGCAUAUAUGCAAUUAGUUAAUCAAAAUAGAUAUAAAAGAAGACCUAUUUAUGGAUAUAAUUUAAUUAAAAAGAUUGAAAGUUUAUAUUUAAAUGAUCAUUUAAGAAAAUAUCAUGAACAUUCUAAUAUUAGAAAUGUUAAUCAUUUAGAAAUGAGUAAUAUUUUAUUAGAAAUGUGUAAAACUUAUCAAGAUGUUGCUCAAGAUUAUGAUUUUGAAUUGAAUAAUUUUAUUUGUUUUAUUCAUCCAGCUAGAACAAGUGAAGAAUCACAAAUAAGAGAAGUAUCAACUAUUAGAUAUAAGAGAGAUGAAAUGAAUGAAAAUUCUAGACAAUUAAUUUCAUCAACAUUGGAUUUAAUAAGAAAACCAUCUAUUAGAAUGCAAAUGCAUUUUCCUGAUAAACGUUUAUUACAAUUUGAUUGUGGUAAACUUCAAAAAUUAUCAAAUUUAUUAAAAGAUUUAAAGAGAGGUGGACAUAGAAUAUUAAUAUUUACUCAAAUGAGUAAAAUGUUAGAUGUAUUAGAAUCAUUCAUGUCAAUGAAUGGACAUUCAUAUUUUAGACUUGAUGGUCAAACUAAAUUAGAAGAAAGACAAUACAUGAUGGAAAGAUUUAACACUGAUCCUAAAAUAUUUGCAUUCAUUUUAUCAACAAGAAGUGGAGGUGUUGGUAUUAAUUUAACAGGUGCAGAUACUGUUAUAUUUUAUGAUAGUGAUUGGAAUCCUGCAAUGGAUGCACAAGCACAAGAUAGAUGUCACAGAAUUGGUCAAACUAGAAAUGUUAAUAUUUAUCGUUUAAUAAGUGAAUCAACUAUUGAAGAACGUAUUUUACUUAAAGCCAAUCAAAAAAGACACAUGAAUGAAAUUGUUAUACAUAAUGGUGCAUUUACACCUGAUUUUUUAAAGAAUCAAAUGGAAGUGAGAGAUUUAUUUCAAGAUUCAAUUGAUUUUUCAUCUGCAUUGAAAUCUGCUGAAGAACAAAUAAGAACUAUUAUUUCUACUAAUAGUGAUGAUAAUGAUGAUGGAUCAAAGGAAAAUUAUAAUGAAAAGGAUUUGGAUAGAAUUUUAGCAAGUGCAGAAGAUGAAAAUGAUGUUGAAGCAUUGAAAAAUGCAAAGAGAGAACAAAAUGAACAAUCUCAAAAUGAUUAUGCUGAUGAGGAAAAUGCAGAAGAUGAUAUUAUCAAACAUUUAUCAUCUGUUGAAAAAUAUGGAUUUGAAUUAUUAACAUCCAUGACAUUGAGAGCAGUUCAACAAGAAAUUGAAGAAAUGAAACAAAAUGAAAAGGAAAAGACUGAAAAUUGGAAGAGUGAAAUUGAAACAAUUCAACAACCAAAUGAAGAAGAAGAAGAAGUCUGA